UUCGCAGGAUCCCUAGCCAGUGGGAAUGACCCCUUAACCCCGGAAACUCCCACAGAACAAAGUAGUACGUUAUCAAUACGGGUGCCGGAACCGUAGGCGUAAACGCAGGAAAUGUAAGUACUCCGAGUUCAUCCACAGGCUACUGUGAAUACCCCUUACCAAGCUGAUGGGCUGCAUCAUCAUCGUAUAUGCCCUUCAGAUGUGACAUCGCUGUUGACCAUAUAGGUAAUGGAUAACGACCGAUGUGUGAAACGGGCUCUCAAAAAGGCAAAGUCUUUCAAUUGGGCAUCAGACUCUCGUCCCGCCCGGAAAACAACUAUUCGAUAUCUAAAACUUAUCAUUCCAUGCGACAAGCCUCGGCUCUUGGUCGAGACACUGUUAUUGAAUUCUACAAUAUCACACAUAAAAUCAUCAAAUAUUAUCAGUUUGAAAGUCCAGCAUUUGAAGGGGGUCAAAAUGGUUCAGAACAAGGUACUAGCAACAGUGAGGAGAGAGGCAUCUCUAGCCCAACACCAAUGAACCAAGCAUCGGUUCCCUACCAGCGACCGAAGAGCAUUGGCACCUUCGCAUAUUCACGAGAACUAGGCAUUAUGACAAGGCCGAACUAUACCAACCGUCUCACAACAGCGACAUGCCUGAAUCAACCGACUUGGGAAGUCCAGGGAGCAUGAAUUCCACCGAGUCAAUGAGCAUGCUGCGAUCCGCAGCGGGACAACUCCUAGAUCUAGACUGUGCGCCACCGCCGAUUGAUUCUGAAGGAGAUCCUACAAAGUGAAUACGGGAUCGAAACUCGCGACGUGAGUUUUCCGUGUCAGAGGUUAUUUUGAAAGACAAUCACGUGAGUAUAAAGCGCAUGUACUGAAAUAUCGCUCCCGAACGAAACGCGUGGUCAUCGAGGCGUAUGCCGCGCAGGGCUGAGAGCGGUAUGCGCAUGCGGGAUACUUGAUAAGUACCUUCGGGUACGAUGCUGGGUUGGUUGCGGAGAGGGCUAAGGGGUUUUUGACUCACUUGAAGGCUGAGGGGAUUGAGGAGCUUGAUGGGGAGUUCUGGGAUUUGAAUUUUAGGAGGCAGUAGUCUAGAAAGGGGUCGUGGUGAUAGGUAAUGGUAAAAAGGAAAUGAGAGAGGGAAGCGGGGAGAUGUGAUGAUAAACACUAAAAUCUUAUAAUAUUGAUGUAGAGUGAUGGAAAAAAGGAUGGAUGAUCAUAAAUUAUGCCUUUAGUUUCUGCAAUUGUCAAGGUUCGAGUUUUAGAGGCAUUAACUAAUACUAGGCGUAAAAUAGAGCCAAAUAAGUGUACGGGACAAAAUGUCUAGGGAAA